GCGCUGCAGGGCAGGGGCAGGAGUGGGACCUGGGUGGGAGGGAUGCCUCGGUCAUCACCGUGUCCAACGGGGGACCGUGGGGAGACUGGGCCUGGCCGGAGAUGUGCCCCAAGGGCUCCUACGCCAGCGGCGUCAGCUUCAAGGUAGAGGUGCCCCAGGGGGUGAUGGAGGAUGACACGGCACUCAACGGGAUUCGGCUGCACUGCUCCCGCGGCGGGGAUCCCAGUGGUGGCUACACAGCUGAGUGGGGUCGCUGGUCGGAGGCCCGCUGGUGCCCCCACCGAGGGCACCUGGUGGGCUUCGAGCUGCAGGUCCAGGCGCCCCAGCGCCGGCGCCUGAGGG